AAACCAUAAUUUUAUGAUACUGAUAAAGUGUUUGUUUUUCAGAGGCAGACAACACUCCAGAUUAGGCUCCAGAUGAUAAUAAUAUUGUUUCAAUACCAUCCUCUUCUGUGCUGGAAACUCACGUCUAUGAUUUGGAUGUUGGCAUCAUGAGAUUGCUGAUAUCCCAAUCAGCUGGACCACUGACUUCUCUAUCUAAUAAAGAUGGAAGAAGAAAUUGGUAUAAGCCAGAAAAUUGUCCAUCUUGUUGGAAAGAAACUGGCUUACCAUUUGUUUCAGUAGAUCAGUCUGAUGGCAAAAAAUGUAUAAAGCAAAUUGGGUUGAUGACCCUGGUUGAAUCCCUUCAACACCAGAAGGGAAUCUCUCCUACAAGACCAGAGAAAAUUAAUAAAUCUAUGUUUGCUAGCCGUUUUCGUUAUAUAAAUGGUACAGAAGAAGAAUGUAUAGAAACUGGCCACCAUGAUCAAAUAGAGCCUCAGGAAACAGGAGAAGGGGACAAGGUAGUGCAGGAGACCGACGAAGAACAAGGGGGAGUAAUAGUUCAAGAGACGGGACAGGAGAAAGGGCAAAAGCUGGAGGGGGAAACACACGUUAGAUAUGAAGAUCAUUCGAUACAGGUGAAAAGAGAAAGAAUACACUCAAUUUUCACGGAAGAGAUUACAUUAGAAGAAAAAUGUUUAAAAGUGAGGUGUUUGAUUACGUCGUGGGAUGAUUUGUGGGGUUUGGCAGGAGUUAUUUGGGAAUACAUUCCUGUUUUUCCAGACACCCUGUCAAAUACUUGGAGGCCCAACACCUUAAUAGAUACCAACAAAAAGUAUAAAGACUUAAUACCACUUUCCAUAGGGGAACGUACAGCUUACCAGUCCACAGCAAAUGGAAAUUGCAUUUAUAAUGCAGUGUCCAUUAUCCUCUAUGGAAAUGAAGAUAUGGCUGUGGUACGCUGGCUUCAGUGCUGAAAAUGGUGGACGAUAUAGUACCAUUUUCAAAAUAUAAGAAUUUAAAGAGAAAACUGAUCUGUGGGUUAAAUCUACCCUACUGCAGGUGAAUGCAGCCUCAACAGCAGAGGAGGUAGAGUAUUGAUGCCGAAAAGAGCUGGUCUCGACUAUUCAACAUCCAUACAGGGACGGAACUGUUUUCCAUCUACAUCUAUUGUCCCAUUUAUUGUCACGUCCAAUACAACAGCACUGCAAAAAAUACCAGUAGUACCAGCAGCUGAUUCUGCCACCGUUGAGACACCCCCAGCUAGACCAUCAUCUUUAUACUUGGUUUGGGUGCCUGCCAAUCCAAGAAAUGCAUAAGAUAUCAAAGUUGU